UGGUGGGUCUCGAAUUCGCUCGCCUUGCCAUGGUGUGGCAGCAGCGCGGAGCUCGAUGGAGGCUGCUUGAGAUUCGAGAGCGAGUUGGGCGGCUGCUCCUCCUCCUCCUCCGCUUUGGAGGAUCCACCGCAAGUCAGGAAAGCCCGACCGACCUUCCCGCCGCCAAAACGAGGAUCUCCAACAAGCUGGAAAGAAUAAUCAUUCCCUGAUGCUACCCACGGAUUGUAUGCAAAAUUCUGAUGUUUAGAAGAAGCCUGAGUGGAGGAACAUAAGAUUACAUUUGACAGUGAUAAGAAAAAGGGCAGUAGAUUUCAGCCCUUCAAAAAGUUUUUUGGAAGGAGAAAAAAACGGGAGGCCACGCCAGAUCGCGAGACCACCAAGUUGAAGGCAAGCAGUUCCUUUGGAAAUGUCUGUAACGGGGCGCUGUCUUCUGAUGAAGAGACCAACAAUGGCUUGAGGUCUCCCAGUUAUAGCAUGGGAACACGGGCCUUUUCCCAUGAGAGUAUUUUUAUGCCUGAUGGGCGAGCAGAGAGCGAAGAGUCAAUUCAAGCAAUGUCACAAGAUAAUCUCGUUGGCAAAGUCAAAACUCUUCAGCAACAGUUGGCCAAGAAUAUUAAAUUUGGCCAACCUUCACAAAUGACAGUUUCUGUGAAGGCACCUGGGGACGUUAGUGCAAGUUUGGAAGCAGAUGUGUUGCUGAAUAACCCCAUGGAGACCGUGAUGCCACCAGAUGUGGUCCUUCCAGAGAACCACCAUAAAUCAACUGUGAUGCCUGAUUCCUUAAGUCCUACAAGUCUGGGUGAAACAAGUCGUGACAGAGAUGAGAAGGUGACCCCUGUCAAAGUGUCCUCUCGGCCAAAAAGACACCAUUCCCCUUCUGGAACCAUUGAAACCGUCAACCUUGAUGCCAUCCCAUUGGCCACCGCUUGCCUGGACAACAGUGCAGCAAAGCACAAACUCUCAGUCAGGCCAAAGAAGCAGAGGGUUUCCAAAAAACACAGAUUGUCAAAGGAGGUACAAAGUUUAAUAGAAACUGACUUUGGACAAGACAUCCUAGAAUCGCAGGGCACUGAAGAUAAAAUGACAAAAGAUGAUAGCUAUUACAGACCAGACAAGUUAAUCCAGCAUGGAGAAGUCCAGGAACAGAAAACUGAAGGAAAACGAAAACAAGACCACUGGAUAAAACUUGAGGCAGGUCAAAAGGAAGAAAUGGCUGAAGCAAAAUUCAAAAGCCCUAUGGAACACAAAAGAUUUCUAGAAUUUGAGGGAGUCCAAGGAGAACAAGUAGGGAAAAAACUGCAACUUCAGGAAGAACAACUUUAUCAAAUGGAAGAGAAAAAAGAUCAAGAUCAUCAGGCAAAAGGCCUAAAAGAACAAGAAAAACAGAGAAGGAAUGGAGAAAAGCUUGAAAAAUUGCAGGCAGAAAUCCAAAAAAAAUCUCAGGAUCUUGAGGAACAAAAACAAAGGGAUCAAGAACAGGCACAACAUGAACUAGAGGCACAAGGACAGCAGGAAGAGCAGAAACCACAUGAAGUGGACAUGCAAUGGCAGAAGGAGAAAAAGAAGAAACAACAAGAACUAGAGGCACAAAGGCAGCAGGGAGAAGCAAAAAUACAGGGUGAGCUGGAGGUCCAAAGGCAACAACAGGAAGAAGAAAAGAGACAAUUUCAACUGGAGGUCCAAAGACAGCAUGAAGAAGAACAGAAGAGACAAUGUGAACUACAACUACAAAGACAGCGAGAGGAAGAACAAAAAAGACAAUGUGAACUUGAGGUCCAAAGGCAAUAUCAGGAAGAAGCAAGGAAACAACAUGAUCUGGAAAUUCAAAGACAACAGGAGACAGAACAAAAGAGACAACAUGAACUAGAAGUACAGAGACAGCAGGAGGAAGAAAAGAGACAACGUGAACUAGAACAACAGAGACAACGGGAGGAAGAACAAAAGAAAGAACAUCAGCUAGAAAUACAGAGACAACUGGAGGAAGAACAAAAGAGACAACGGGAAGAAGAACAAAAGAGACAAUGGGAAGAAGAACAAAAGAGACGACGUGAACUAGAACUACAGAGACAAUGGGAAGAAGAACAAAAAAGACAACGUGAACUAGAACUACAGAGACAAUGGGAAGAAAAACAAAAGAGACAACGUGAACUAGAACUACAGAGACAACGGGAGGAAGAACAAAAGAAAGAACGUCAACUAGAAAUACAGAGACAGCUGGAGGAAGAACAAAAGAGACAACGUGAACUAGAACUACAGAGACAAUGGGAAGAAGAACAAAAAAGACGAUGUGAACUAGAACUACAGAGACAACGGGAAGAAGAACAAAAGAGACAACGUGAACUAGAACUACAGAGACAGCUGGAGGAAGAACAAAAGAGACAACGUGAACUAGAACUACAGAGACAAUGGGAAGAAGAACAAAAGAGACGACGUGAACUAGAACUACAGAGACAACGGGAAGAAGAACAAAAGAGACAACGUGAACUAGAACUACAGAGACAGCUGGAGGAAGAACAAAAGAGACAAUGUGAAUUGGAGGUCCAAAGGCAACAUCAGGAAGAAGCAAAGAGACAACGUGAACUGGACCGACAAAGACAGCGAGAGGAAGAACAAAAGAGACAACAUGAAGUAGAGCUACGGAGACAGAGGGAGGAGGAAGCAAAGAGACAAAGUGAACUGGACCAGCAAAGACAACAGCAGGAAGAACGGAAGCGACAUGAACAGGAGGCACAAAGGCCGCAGGAGGAAAAGAAGAGACAAUAUGAACAAGAAGAACAAAGGCAUAAAGUUUGUAUGAUACAGAAACAGCAGAACAUCAAAGAUCCAAAAGAAGAAAAGAGACAUCAAGGAACAGAACAGAAUGACAGUUUUAUCCAGGGAGGAUGGAAGGAUAAAAAGAAAGAACCAGAAAAGCAAAAGACUCAGGAAGAAAAAAUAAGCCAUCGGUAUUUGGAAAAGCAAGCGAUGAAAGAACUUAAAACAGGGCCAACUGAAGAGUCUGAAAACCAACAACUACUGCAAGAGCAAAAAAGAGAACUAGGACAGAGAAAGAAAGAACAAGAAAGCAACAAAAAUUUAGAUGAUACAAGCCAAUUGCAAGAGAAGGGAACAGCUAUGAAAGUGAAGGGACAAGAAGAGGAACAGCAAAACCUGAAUGAAAAACAAUUUAGUACAAAUGAACAAAAGCAGCAAAAAUCGGCAAGAUCGGUUGGAUCAGCAGAACAUAGAAAAGUAGCACCAGCAGAAAUAGGGCAUUUGUGGGCUGAGAAGGAAGUGCAUCAGGAGGAAUUUAUACGAAGGACAGAGGACCUACAAUUGGAAAGACAGAAAACCCUCUGUUUAGAAGAUCAGCAGUCACUGGAAACGCCAAAAGAAGAGAAGGAACCCCACCAGUUACACAUGAAUAAGCAACCAGAAGAUGAAUGCUUGGAAACUGUUGAGAAAGAGCUACAAGGUAAAGAGGAAUCAGGGCAGCAACAGAGAACUCAGCCAGGCAAAGAGCAGAAGGAAGAAGGCAGUCUAAGAGUUCAUCAGGUGAUGAACAUUGAAGUUGAGAAGCAGGAAAGGGCUCUUGGUGAAGAAUUACGUUGGCAGGAAGUGGACGCCCGGCAAACAAUGUCCAGGGGCUUCACCUUUCAAGUGUCUUCUGGAGAAAAAGAAAUUAUAUUUCCAAAAGUGAAUUUAAGUCCAGUUACCCCUGUUAAAGAGGCUCCACUUCCUUCUGCCACAAAAGAAUGUAAAGACCCUAAGUCUAGUAGAGGUUCUAGUAAUCUUCCAACUUCUUUAUGUGUUCCACAUACAGCAAUCUUGGUCACUGGAGCACAACUCUGUGGCACUGCAGUAAAUCUCAAUCAGAUAAAAGAUACAGCCUGUAAAUCUUUACUUGGCUUAACAGAAGAAAAGAAAGUGAUGGACGCGCCUCAGCCAGAAAGCAUCCAGAAACCUGUUGAUGGCAGGCCAAACAGUACUAAAGUGAAGCAUGUUCAGGAUUCAGUGGACAAUCAAGCCAUCCUGGAUGAAUGGGCUUCAAUUCGUUCAAAAAUCUUAAAAGGUGCAGAAAACGAUAAAUUUAAUGAGAAAGACAACGGGAGUCUUAAUAGGCAUAGUGAUGAUUGGACAGCGAAAAGUCGAAGUACUUUCCAUGGUAACUUACGAAAGACUUUGUCUGCAAAUGCAAAGUUUUCUAUAACUCCUGCAUGGCAGAAGUUUUCAGAAAUAUCCAAAACCAGUACAGCUGCAGAGAAUAAAACUGCUCCCGAAGCAGAAAAUGCAGCAGUGCAGUUGAGUCCAUCCACUCCGCAUUCAGACAACGAGGCAGUCCAAACAGAGUCACCGGUUGGUACAAAGAAUGUAGGAACUUCACCAGGGAAAAUCAGAGGGCGACAGGAAGUAGCAGGUAGUACCGAGGGAUGUAAGUUUGCCAAAGAUCUCCCCUCUUUUCUUGUUCCAAGUCUCCCGUAUUCUCCAAAUAAAGAAGUCUCCCCAUCGGAGACUUCGUCAACAAUGGAAACACCGCAGAACGUUGGUUCCCAAAAAAUGGACCGAGCGUCACCAAGUGGAGAAGAAAACGUCGCCCCAUUUGGGGUGAAAUUAAGGAGGACCAAUUACUCCUUGCGUUUUCACUAUGACCAGCAAGCAGAGCAGAAGAAGAAGAAAAGAUACAGUGCAGGAGAUAGUUUUGAUGGCUUGCCAACUCCACUGGUCACCCCAGACAAUGAACAAGAUGCAAAACCUUUAUUUUUGAAAGAUAGCAAAUCUCUGAGUCAAGAGAGAAAAGACGCAAGGCUUAAUUCUGAUAAUAGCACAUUAACUAUUAUCAGUCGCAAUUACACCAUCGUUGCACCUGUGUCUUGUCCCACUGGUCCCAUGUCUGCACCUGGUCAAGAGAAAACUGUUUCUAAAUCACCCCUCCCACCAAAACCUGCAUUGGCUCCAAAGCCCAUCAGCCAAACACCACCUUCAUCUCCUCUCUCAAAACCCCGUAGAGCUCACGUCACCGAACCCAUGGGGAAAAGGGUAUCUAAAGUGGAACCUGACACCAGCUGGAGAAAAAGUGAAGGUAAAGGGAGUCCUCAGCCCUCCCAAGCGCCCAGUGAAAGCAAGAACGAGGAGGAAGAAUCUAGAGAGAAGAAAUCUUUUUUUCCAUCCAUCACCAUGCCCUGGAGAGAGAAAGCAGAAAAAAAGCCAGAGCCAUUGAAAAAAGAAAGGCCAAUUCUUCAGAGCAGGCAUUCCAUCGAUGGUUCAAAAGUGAUGGAGAAAGGGGAAACGGCACAGCCCCUGUGGAUCACUUUGGCAUUGCAAAAACAGAAGGGCUUUCGGGAGCAGCAAGCAACACGCGAGGAAAGGAGGCAAGCCCGAGAGGCCAAGCAGGCUGAGAAAUUGGCUAAAGAAAAUGCCAGCAUGAACAACCAGUUGGCAGAUAAUAAAAGCAAUAAUACGAGCAAGUCAAACAUACUGCAAAAAUCCACAGUCUCAGAAGAGGAGAAAAAAAUCGAGACGGCUACAUCAAGAUUUGAACGUAGAGAACAGCUCAAAAAAUCGAAUACUCUGCCUUCAUCGGUCACAGUGGAGAUCACGGAUUCCCUUUCAUCGUCCCCUUUGGCUAAAGAGGUCACCAAGAGAUUCUCUACGCCGGAUGCGAACCCCGUCUCGACUGAACCUGCUUGGCUGGCCUUGGCCAAGAGAAAAGCGAAAGCGUGGAGCGACUGUCCUCAGAUCAUCAAGUAAACGGAUCUCGCUUUUGUGCUUUACUCUGGUUGGGGAGCCGUCUCCUUUUUUACUCCUAUUCUCCAAUGCUCCCGAACACAUUUAAGGGCGUACUUUGUCCAAUCAGAGACAUUGAACUGUUGAUCAUGAGGGGAAUGUUUAAGCAGGAGUUUUGAGUUUCAGGUCACUUUUAAGAAUCACUGCUUCAGUGUUGUUGAAUGUCAGCUUCCCGGUAAAGAUAUUAUUUUUAUUUGGACAUUUUACAAAUGCCACUCUCAGGUACAGGAAUAAGAAAGAUCUGCUUCUGCCAUAGUUACGAGAUAACUUUGAAUAAUUUGCCUCUGAUCUGGCAAGGAUGACUCCAGAAAUAAUGAAAUGUAAUUUGGGAAUAAGGAAAGCACCAUUUUUUUUUAAUCCUAAUGGGUUUUUCCUGAGAUUUUUAGUUUUGAACAUUAGUCACAUUUCUCAAAUGUAUUUAAUGAUUCGGUAAUUAACACUCAAGUUACAUUACAUCAAAGAGUCCUUACUUGUAUUUGUCUAAAUGAUUCUCCAAGCCAUCAACAGCCUGUGCAAACUGCAUUAUUAUAUUUUCAUUUCCCUCGUAUCCAGAAAUAUAUUAAUGCAACAAUAGUAUUUUAACUUAUUUAUUUAUAUAUGCCUCCUCAUUCUACAGAAAGUCAGGAUAUCUUGUCUCUUCUUCUCUCCUCUGUUUUAUCCUCACUCCCUGUACAAUAACACUAUACUGAAUAAAUAACUCAACUGUAUUUGGAGAGAAAUGUAUUAGGAUUUCCAGUCUUAUCAUAAAAGGUAAAAUACAAAACAGAAAAACCAACAAAACAAAAACGAACAUCCAGCAGUAACAACAACAAAAAAGAAAAAAAACUGAUAUACAAAAAAAAGAGAAAAAAUAUACUUAAAAAUUAUCCCCAGAUGUCCAGGUGGCAGCUAGAACUGUGACCCAUAAACAAUGGGUGGAGCUUCAGUGACACUAUCUUGGCUUUUGCACCAUACUUGGUGGACACUCUGGACCCCGGCCAUUCAUAUUAUCUGAAGGAGGCUAGUCCAACUUUCUCUAGUCUGUUAUCUUUCAGAAAUGUUGAGUUUCAGCAUCUGGAGGGCAGCAGACAGUAGGGUGGAAAAUCUAGCCCAGUGGUGGCGAACCUAUGGCACGCGUGCCAGAGGUGGCAUUCAGAGCCCUCUCUGUGGGCACGCGUGCAGUCGCCCCAGCCCUGCCUCCAACGGCCCCCUCCUCACCAGCAGCUCCCCCGGUGGAGAGUCACCCCCGGUUGUGGCCCGUGCAGAGAAGCGCAGCCAAGGACAUGGCAGCCGGGCAGGAGGUACAAGACUCUGCCCCCACAGCAUCAUCUGCUAUGUGGCCAUGGUGCUGCAGGACUGCCUAGGCAAUGUGCCGCGGCAGUCCGUGGAGGCGGUAAGUGGCCCUGCGGGGAGCAGGGUGGGGCAGGAGAUGGGGUGGAGUAGGCGGGGCAGGGCGCAGAGUGGGCAGGGCAGGGGGGUGGAGUGGUUUUGGGCACUCGGUGUCUAAAAGGUUCGCCAUCACUGAUCUAGCCCCUUUACACUUCAUUCCAGUAAGAUGUAUGUACUGCACAUUACCUUUGCAAACUAUUAGCAGAGUUAAUGAGAGUAGGUGAAACUAUAGCUAUUCUGUUAAUAGAUAUUACUUUUUGACCUGGAAUUAGAUCUGAUUCAAGAUUAUGGAAUUGGUUUAACUAGGGCAGUGUUUUUCAACCUUGACAAUUUUAAGGCAUGUGGACUUCAACUCCCAGAAUUCCACAGCCAGCAUUGCUGGCUGUGGAAUUCUGGGAGUUGAAGUCCACAUGCCUUAAAAUUGUCAAGGUUGAGAAACACUGAACUAGGGAAACUAAAUUGGGACCGCCAAAUUCCUACCAGCUGCACAGCAACAAAGGUAAUGGAACCUCCUAAAUCUUUGCAGCUGUUUUAUAGACAUGUGGGCUCUUCUGGCAACGAAAACCUUUGAUUUGAAAAAAUACUUGUAAGGAAAAUGCGAAUCCUUUACCCCUAAGUAUUGCUUUAUAUUUUCCAGUUAGACAUGUAAAUAUUGUGAAAAUAGUGUUCCAUUGCACCAAAAGUCAGAUUGUCGGGAAAAAAAAAUGGUUGAGACAGAAUUUGAAUUCAGAAUUUCUGUUUCUCAUAAUUGUAACAUCAAUUUAGGAUGAAAACACGUUUAAGAUAAAAGUGCAGUCUACCAAACUACAUUCUCAUUCAAAACUUCCACCUCAAAACAACAACACUCAACCCACGCACUAUGUAUCUGGAAUCAGCAAAAACUCUUAAUCCAAGGAAUUUUGAUCCAAGACAACCAAACAGAUGCCUUUACUGAAUAGGCAUAGAAGCGCAGAGAAAACAUUUGUUGUGUUUAUGGAGAAGCACAAGGAUGCUAAGUUUGAUAGCUGAGUAACUGUCCCAAAGAAAGUUAUUCUUGUAGCCAUUGUCGCUUUGGUAUUUUAUGUGAACUCAGGACAUAAACCUUCUUUACAACUCAUCUUGUUUUAGGUCAGAAAAGUCUUAUUAGAAAUACAACUUCAAGGGUGCAUUUAGGAUCUCCUAGUAACUCAGUAUAUAGAGCCAAGGUGGUGUUUUGAAGAAUGAAAAAUAUUUUUUUUUUUUUUUGGCCAUUCACAUCAAGAGUGAAGAUUUCAUCCAAUGUGAGUUAAUUCUUAUUCAUCCUCAUGGCAGCUAAGUGAUCUUUAGGAAGAGUAAAAUGUCAUCAUCUGGCUGUUCAAUUCAAGAACAGUUUGAGUUUCUUCUGGAUUUCAGUCUUGCUCACCCACAAUUUACAGAUUUCAUUAUUGGAGUACAAGGUAAUGUUUGAUUAGGUGAACCCAGGAACAGCUUCUACUAAAUAUGCUACAAAUAACAUAUUAAACGUGGAUGCAAAUUUAGCAAAGACUUCUUGUGACUAAGGUAACACAAUUCCCUACUCCUAAGGUGGCCUACAGCAUAUUUAGAAGCAAUUUAAUGUGCAUAUACUUGUGUCAACAUGCAAUUGCAAAAAAAAAAAAAUAGUAUACAUCUCUCAAAUUUCUUCCAACUCAACGAGACUUCUAGAUUGGGAGAACAGGGUUGGAGUAAAGGGGAUUGGGGAGGAAAUUGGGGAGGCAGAAAGGGCAAAGCAAAGCGAAACAGGUAAUUUUACGGGGGAAGUGGGUGUCAUUUGCAUGAGAAAAGAGGGAAGCAAAACUCCCAAAAUAAUUCUAGGGAUGGUUAAUGCAGAGUUUAUAGUCUGUAAAUAGUUCUAAAGCAGUCUUUUCAAGCAUGGGGAUCCAUAGUGAAUUAAAACUGUAUUCAGUCCACGGAAGCAGGACAAGAGUAAAGGGCCAUAGGACCUUUGCUUCUCCCAAUUUUACUCAGCCACCAUUCUAACAUAUUUAUUAUCAACACUUACAGCCCUGAUUAACCUUCAGCAUUAAAAGAUUCCUGGACAGCAAUGGGGCAUCCUUUCCAUUUGCUCUAUCGAACAGGUGAUGUGAAACAGCAGGUGGAUUGCAUUCUCUGCUAAUCUGCACAUGCAGAGACAUUGCUGUUGGCCCUCCGUGCAACAGAGUUUUGUAUUAACAAGUCUCAAUUUCUGCAUCAGUGAUUGGAUCAAAGCUGGGCUGCAUAAAAUACUUUGUUUAUAAACAUUUCUAUCAGCCUGUUUUAACAUUGUCAUUUCAUUUAAGGUCAACUUGAACUUUUGCACUAAAUACCAAUGAAGUGUUACUUUGCUUAAGCUUUGUUGCCGCCUUUCUUAAUAAACCAACAAACCUGGAAUAACUUCCAACAUUUUAAAACUGAUCAAACCACUUUGCACAAUGUGGUCUCAAUUUUAUUUUAUUUUUUUUUGUAACAUACCUUACCCAGAGACAGUUAAUCAUAUCCAAGCCUGGAUUGGCAUUAGUGGAGCUAAUAUCAGCAGUGACUGAAUUAUCCUAUACACUAACAGGCGUUGGGCGUAACUUUUUCUAGAUAAAGGCAAAAUAUUAUUUGAGGUUAUGAUUAACCUCAAUUGUUCAUAAAGUGGUGUAUAAAAUUAUAAACAUGUAUAAUUGUGGAUUUUGUUUUGUGUACUUUUUUAAUUUUUCAAAUGUUUUAAAGUGCAAUUGUUUCUUAUACUAAUAUAAUUUUAAUUCCAAUUAAACUAUAAUAUGCUGAAAGUUGGGAGGUUUAUUUAUUCAUCAUCUUUUGUUAAAUGUGUCUGGUUACCUUAGAACAAGAGCCUGAAUUAAUAUAUGAAUAAAACUGUUUUUAGAAGAUAUUACAACCAGGGCAACAUUAACAAUGACUAAAGGGGUAUGUUAGUAGAAUUUCUAUUUUCAGUUUUUGAUCAUCACAAUUUUAAUGUAAAUGGUCCAUCCCUGAAAACCUGUUCUAUAUAAAUAAAAAUAGCUGUGUUUCUAUA